AUGACCAACACUAAAAACCAGAUAUCUAUGGACUCUUCGUCGCCCGACCUCGAGAAGGGGAUUUCGAAAUCGGAACACAAAGAAAAUGUGGGGCAGACGAAUUACGACAGCAGCGGGAGCGCCGUGCACAGUGACUCGAGCGCGACCAGCGCGAUUCACCACCCGGGCGCGGGUGCGAACCCGCUCGUGCACGCGAUUUCCUUGGACGGCGAGCUGGUGCACCUCGGCGACCGCACGUACCGCAGAGCAGACCUCGCCAAUGCGUUCGCCGGUGAGUUGAACCCCGGUAUCCACUUGCGGGCUCCACCCAACCUCGCCAACCCAGUUCCGCUGGGCUUGGCUUCCUUCUCAUACUGCUGUCUUGUUUUGUCGCUAAUCAAUGCGCAGGUUCGCGGAGUGACCAACAACGCAGUGCUGGUGGGUGGCAGCUUCUUUUUCGGCGGAGCCAUCGAGCUUUUCGCUGGGCUACUAUGUUACCCAAUCGGCAACACGUACGCGCUCACGGUGUUUGGCGCGUACGGUGGGUUCUGGAUAAGUUACGGCUGCAUACAACUCGACCAGUUCGGCAUCGCGGCCGCGUACGCCGACGACCCUACCAUGUACCAAAACGCAGUGGGAUUUUAUCUGACCGGCUGGCUGGUGUUCACCACGCUGAUGUUGUGCUGUACGCUCAAGAGUACCUGGGGAUUGUUCUUGCUAUUCUUCUUCCUGGAGGUGACUUUCUUCCUGCUUGUGAUUGGUACAUUUAUCGGAAGCGACCGUGUCACGAUCGCUGGUGGCUAUUUUGGGAUUUUCAGCAGUUUAGCAGGCUGGUACUCGCUCUACAGUGGUGUGGCUGACGAGACCAACAGUUACUUCCCUAUCAAGGCGUACUUCAUGCCCAACGCCCCUACUGUGUAG